UCCCCACUUUCUAUUUAACAACAAAAAAUUUCACCUCCACGCUUCUCUGCUUGCAGUCUUGUCUUCCUUAGUCCGUGGGCUCGUUGGGACUUUGCCUUAGCCUUUUCUUUAAUCUUCAUUGGAAAAAUACAUGGAUCCAUUCAUAUCUCAAUCCAAUUUUUGAAUCCUUUUUCUAUCCCAGGCGUUUUUUCUCAACCAUAUCAAACUUCUUUAUGUUUUUCUCUAAAAAAAUGAUGCCUUUUACUUCUUUACUUCCAUCACUGUUGAAACCAUUCAUUUAAAAUAGAAAAACGAUCUGAUUAUUGUGUUUUGAUUGGUUUGAUCGGAUUUUCAAGAAAUGGCAGUUUCUACCAUUGAUGUUAUGGCUGCUUUUUCUUGUAAGGCUAGCUUCAUUUGAUUUUCAGAUUUUAGAUUUUGUUUGUGUUGAUUUACUCUUCCGUGUAGCCGUCUGGAUACGCAGACUUAUUUAUUAGUUGUUUAAAUUGCUGUUUGGAAAAUGGGUAGAGGGAGAGGAAAAGGGAAGAAACAACCGGUUAUUUCUGCUCAUGAUGAUGCUGGAAGUGGUGAAGAUGAUAAGAUACUAUCUAGGAGAAGAGGAAGGCGACAAAAACCCUUGAAGGAUGAAGUUGAGGAAGAACAUGAAGUCGAGAAGAUAGAAGACAACAAAGAAAACGGUCAGGAUUCAAAAAAUUCCGCGUUGAAUAGAAGUAAUAAGAAUCAAGCUGCUGCAGAGAACGGCCGGAAAAGGCUAAGGCCUUCUCAAGUCAAAGAAAAUGCUGAUUUAGUGAAAGAAGAUAAUGUCGUGGGAAUCAAGACUAAUGCUUCUGACUUGAUUAAGUCUGUUGGCUUCAGACCAAAUAGAAGCAGGAGGAAAAACAAGCCUAGGCGGGCUGCUGAAGUUGGUGUUGAGUGCAAAUGAAGUUUUUGUUUUGGAGAUGAGUUUUCACCUUCUUUUGUGGGGUUUCAGUAUUUCCUUUAUCUUUGCUAUGCCCUUUUUUUUCCGUGCUUUUCGAAAGUUAUUGUUAACUACUGUGUUUUCGCUAUGACAUGAGACUGAGGCAAGUCCGUUGUGGUUCUGGUAUUAGACUUCUGAGCUACCUUCUCUAUACGAGUAUUUGUUACUGAGUAA